AUGCUUGAGAAGGGCGUCUCUUUAUAUAAGCAAAAUUUGAUUUUAUUAUUCUCAUUGUUAUUCUUUUCUACAAAUUGUCAAGACGAUUGCUGGGUCACAUUUGAUGCAAAAGAUCAUUUUCAAGUUGUAGAUGAAAUUGACGACCGUUAUGCUGAGGUCAGACAAAACUUCCAAGCAGCAGUGGGGGGAAAUAAAUUUGAUAAAGAGAUGCUAGACGCAAUGCUCAAGACGCGUGGUAUAGCUGAGCGAGCUGAACACAAAGCUUUUGUGGACCAAAGUCAGAUCCCUGCCGGUAUAAACCUCGGAGGCAGCUGUAUGAUGAGAAUACCUAAUGCUAUUCUAUUUUUCCAUCGAAUGAAGCUGCGCAACAACACGAGGUUCAGAGUUGUCAAACUGGAGAGUAAUCUCACUACUUUAGAACUGAAAGCCAGUUUAAACCUUAAUGACCUACAUCUGUUAGGGUCUUAUGACAUUAGUCACACACUGCGAGAAACAUCGCAUCUGAUGUACUAUCCAUCAUUCGGUGAAGUAGAGUUUCUGUUAAAGAACGUCUCAUACGAAGUAGACGGCCACUAUCGUCUGUUAGACAAACGAUUGAACUUAGAACUUGUGACAUCAGAAAUUUCUAUGGACGCGUCCUUCACAGAGCGUCUCCAAGUUGAUUUAGAUAAAUGGAUUCGAGAUUACUUCAAUGAUUAUCUUGCAUACUUCAUUGUGGCCAAAGACAACGAAUUUGAAAAAUACAAUCAGGAGAAGACAGCUGCUCUCAACAAUUAUGCGGACAAAGUAAUAGACAUUAUAAAACAGAAAAUAUAUAAAAUAAAAGCUCACGCCGUCCAACUGCCGACGUUCACGAUCAAAACUGAAAAUGGCGCGGACAUUCGAUUGAGGGAUGGUGUACUGAGAGGCUUGGACAGUAUCUACCGUCGUUCUAUAGCCACUGGCUCUAAAGAGAAUGACCUACGACAUGUGGACGCAGUUGUUGGAUUCAGCAACGUGAAAUUACAAUAUAGAUACGACACCAUCUCUCAGUCGGCUUCACCUUCCGUCACCGGAGUGUUGACUCUCACAGCUGAUGAUUUAACAGCACUCAUGGAAUUGAAGUUAAUAAAGGAAUCUGAAUCCUCGGACAUCAGUUUCAGAUACCUCGAACAGACCAGGCCCGAGUCCCUGACAGUGGAAGGUUCAGCUAAUCGGAUGAUUUCCAAUUUCAAGUAUGUCCUCGAGCGUCACGUCAUAGCUAUCAUGACGAACACCCUCAUGCACAAUAUUAAAAUGCUCGGCACGUUGGAUAAAUGCGUGCCAACAUUCGCGGCGUAUAAAGACCCAACCGAAAAACAGAUGGAAAAUGAUUAUCCUUCAGAAGAAAAGAAACUUUUGAAAGCUGAUGAGACUAGUGAGAAGACGCAAACAAACGAAAACGAUAAUCAAGACGAUAAUGAUAUAGAAAAAAUAAAUAAAUCGGAUGAUGAUGAUGAUGAAGAUAAAGAAGACGGUGACAAAAAACCUCAAAAGAAGGAAAAAUCAGAGGAAGCAAGAAUAAAAAAAAUUCUCUCCGAUAAUACUAUAAAUAUUGAAUAUUCACCUAACAACUAUUACAAUAAAGAUUCUAACGUAGUACCCCAAGACCGUUAUGCUGAGGUCAGACAAAACUUCCAAGCAGCAGUGGGGGGAAAUAAAUUUGAUAAAGAGAUGCUAGACGCAAUGCUCAAGACGCGUGGUAUAGCUGAGCGAGCUGAACACAAAGCUUUUGUGGACCAGAGUCAGAUCCCUGCCGGUAUAAAUCUCGGAGGCAGCUGUAUGAUGAGAAUACCUAAUGCUAUACUAUUUUUCCAUCGAAUGAAGCUGCGCAACAACACGAGGUUCAGAGUUAUCAAACUGGAGAGUAAUCUCACUACUUUAGAACUGAAAGCCAGUUUGAACCUUAAUGAUCUACAUUUGUUAGGGUCUUAUGACAUUAGUCACACACUGCGAGAAACAUCACAUCUGAUGUACUAUCCAUCGUUCGGUGAAGUAGAGUUUCUGUUAAAGAACGUCUCAUACGAAGUAGACGGCCACUAUCGUCUGUUAGACAAACGAUUGAACUUAGAACUUGUGACAUCCGAAAUUUCUAUGGACGGUAUUAUGAUGACGUCCUUCACAGAGCGUCUCCAAGUUGAUUUAGAUAAAUGGAUUAGAGAUUACUUUAAUGAUUAUCUUGCAUACUUCAUUGUGGCCAAAGACAAUGAAUUUGAAAAAUACAAUCAGGAGAAGACAGCUGCUCUCAACAAUUAUGCGGACAAAGUAAUAGACAUUGUAAAACAGAAAAUUUAUAAAAUAAAAGCUCACGCCGUCCAACUGCCGACGUUCACAAUCAAAACUGAAAAUGGAGCGGAAAUUCGCUUAAGAGAUGGUGUACUGAGAGGCUUGGACAGUAUCUACCGUCGUUCUAUAGCCACUGGCUCUAAAGAGAAAAACCUUCGACAUGUCGAUGCAGUUGUUGGAUUCAGCGACAUGAAAUUACAAUAUAGAUACGACACCAUCUCUCAGUCGGCUUCACCUUCCGUCACCGGAGUGUUGACUCUCACAGCUGAUGAUUUAACAGCACUCAUGGAAUUGAAGUUAAUAAAGGAAUCUGAAUCCUCGGACAUCAGUUUCAGAUACCUCGAACAGACCAGGCCCGAGUCCCUGACAGUGGAAGGUUCAGUUAAUCGGAUGAUUUCCAAUUUCAAGUAUGUCCUCGAGCGUCACGUCAUCGCUAUCAUGACGAACACCCUCAUGCACAAUAUUAAUAUGCUCGGCACGUUGGAUAAAUGCGUUCCAACAUUCGCGGCGUAUAAAGACCCAAUCGAAAAACAGACGGAUAAUGACUUACCUUCAGAAGAAAAUAAAAAUUUGAACCCUGAUGAGACUAGUGAGAAGACGCAAACAAACGAAAACUAUGAUCGAGAUAAUAAUACAGUAAAUAAUGAUGCUGAAAAAUUAAUGAAUUCAGCGGAUGGUGAAGAUGAAGGAGACGGUGAUAAAAAAUCAGAGGAACAAAUUGCUCAAUAG